GGAAGAGGAGGGACUAGCAGUGCUGCCGCAGCAGCCUUUGGCACGGGGGCCGUCGGAAAAGCUGCUUCAUAGCUGCCCGGACCCUGCCCCCCGAGUUAUCGCAGCGUCCCGUCAACACGCCGCAGAGGGAAAGGCGCUGUGAUCCGAGCGAAAAGCGCCUCCACCGCUGUCAUGUCUCAGCCGAGCAAAGGAAAAAAACAUCCCGGCAAGGCGGGCAAAGCGCACAGUGACAAAAAUGUGAGUGGUACAUCAGGAGAGAAAAAGGGAGCAGAAGCAGCAGAGAAAAAACCUAUACCUACUAGUAUCACUGGAUCUUCCAAAAUUCAGACAAGUGGCACGUCUUCCGUUGGCAAGGCCCAGUCAGCUUCCCCUGUUUCCUCUAUGACAUCCACUAUGAAGCCUUCUGAAACAAAGGCUACUUCCAGUCAGCAACAGAUGAGUGGAGUGCCAUCCCACAAAAGGAAGAGAAACAAGAAGCAGGCAGCACAGAAAGCAAAAACAGAGACUGAAAAAGCAGCACAAUUAACUAAGCCAGCUGAUUCUCAAGCUAAACCUCCAUCUGAAGAGAAGCAAAAAGACCCUGGAGGGGCAAAAAGCAAGGCUUCUGUAGCAGUGGAACCUAAACAACCAAGUACUGGGAAAGCAGCCUCUGGUCAGAUUGACAGGUCAACAACGCAGGUGACAUCAGCAGAAGAACCCAAGGCUAAAUCUGACAAACGGGCUAACAAGGCAGAUCUGGCUACCAAGGCAGCUGUUGCAGCUGCUGGCACAGCUGGAGCAGUUACGGCUGCUGGUUUGACUGCUGCAUCUGCAGAGACUAAAGAGAAUAAAUUGGCAACGACAACUCCAGCUGCUGCAGAGAGUAAACCAUCCGAAAAGUCUAACUUAGAUGUUGCCUUGGAUGAUCUAAUAGAUACUCUAGGAGGCCCAGCAGAAAAUGAACCACCUAGUCCGGCAUAUACUGGACCGACUGUUUUGGACCCAAUGUCCUCCUUAUAUAUAGAAGAGCUGGGUAUACGAGAGAGCACAAUUCCUCCAGAGUAUAGAAAACUAUUAGAGAGUAAAGGAGAUGGCAAAGUUCCCCCACCAGGAGCAGAGUCUCAGCCAACAAUGACAGAUGAUGACCUUGCAGAUGCUCUGUCAUCUGAUUUUACUUGCAGUGCUGUACCACCUGCUGGAGAGAAGAAAGUCCUGCCAAAAGAGAAGCCUGCAGAAGAAGGUGAUCUUGUACAAACCCAGUCUACAACUGUGGUCAGCAGUUCAGCUCCUCCUAAAGAGAAAAAACCCAAACUGGAAGAGGAGGCCAUUAGUGACAGUGCCUUGGAUGCUCUCGUGGAUACACUUGGAGUACCAGAACCAGAACCUGAAGAAGACCUUAGCUCCAUUACAGAAGUUGAAGAGCCAAAAGCCAAAGAAAGAAAAGAAAAGAAGACUGGUGAACGUGAUGAUACAAUUCCUCCAGAAUACAGAUUAACACCAGCCACGGAUAAAGAUGGGAAGCCGUUGUUACCAGAACCUGAAGAAAAACCUAAGCCUAUUAGCGAAUCUGACCUAAUUGAUGAAUUUUCAAAAGACUUUGUCUGUCCUGGUCCACCCACAGAAACACCAAAACCAUCUAAACCUGCUGAUGUGUCUAAGAAGCCUGUAGAUUCUAAGCCCCCAAAAGCUCCUGAGGAAAAUGUGACCCUGCUUGCAGCUUCUUCCGUGCAGCCUUUAGCUCCAUCAGAAGUUUCUACGAAACCUUCAACAGCUAAGCCCAAAAUGGCUGCUACAGAAGAAGUGAUCUCCACUACUGCUAUUUCUUCUGUAAAAUCUUCAGCUCCAUCAACAACCUCUCCAAAUGCACAUGUGCCUGAUGAGGCACUGGAAGCCUUAUCUGGAAGUUUAGGGAAAAUAGAUCCUGCUCCAGAGGAAACUAAGCCUGCUGUGGAUAAAGUUAAGGAAAAAACAAAACAAGAAGAACAUGAGAAACUUGGGGAAGAUGAGGAAACGAUCCCUCCUGAUUAUAGAUUAACUGAAGCAAAGGAUAAAGAUGGGAAGCCACUUCUACCAAAACCUGAAGAAAAACCUAAGACCAUGAGUGAGAGUGAGCUCCUUGAUGCUUUGUCAGAGGGCUUUUCUUGUUCUUCAGCAGUAACAUCAAAGGCUGCUCCUGCAGCUGCACCUCAAAAAUCUCCAGGUGUUGGCAAACCUGCUGUAGCAUCCACUGAAGCAGUCAUCUCUUCUGCUUCUGCUUCUGCAGUGCACUCAUCGGCUCCACCACCAGCAGCCACCCCAGAUGCGAAGGAUCUUGAUGCUGCUGCAGAUCUUCUCGCAGAUUCCCUGGGUCAAAGGGAGCCUGAUCCAGAUGAAAACAAACCAGUUGUGGAUAAAAUAAAGGAAAAGGCUAAAUCUGAGCACAGAGACAAACUUGGAGAGAGAGAUGAUACAAUUCCUCCUGAGUACAGGCAUAUUCUGGACUCUGAUGAGAAGGGUAAGCCAACAAGCAAGGAUGGCAAGAAACCCAAAGAACAAAAGAAGCCAGCUGAUGACUCAGCUGCUAUUGAUGCCCUUUCAGGGGACUUCGAUAAGUGUGGGAAGCCUCCUGAUUCACAACAACCUCCUGCAAAGGAUGAAAAAGCCAAAUCUAAACCAGAUGGUGCCAAAUCUAAACCAGUUACAAAGGAUGAAAAGAAAUCCAAAUCCUCCAAAAAGGCAAAGGAGCAGUCUUCCAGUGCAAAAUCUGAGAAACAAAAAAAAAGUUAGAUGUUACCAGGCUUUUCAUUACUAGUGCAAAAAUUCUUCAUUUUGCUGGUGGAUAGCUGAACUUGAGCAGGCUAUUCUGCAGAAGCAAGACUGCUUUCUGGGUGGUUUUUGUAUUGUGGUCGUUUGGAUAUUUUGGCAUGCAGAACAUAUUUUGCUAUUUUUGAGGAUGAACUAACCUUUUCUAGCCACUUAUUUUACUGUCCUUAUUUUGUAAUUUUCUUCAGUUUGGGAAGGGAAAAAUGCUUUAUAUUUGUAAGAAAUAUUUCCUAUGGAUUUAAUAGCAAUGCCAAAAAAGAAGUCUGAAAAGUUUUGCACAUAAUCUACACAUAGUGCCUGUAAAUCUCAGCAGAGUUCUUUAAAUCUGUGCUACAUUUUUUAGUAUAAUGAAUGCUUUAGAAAUUCUGGAGUGCAAUGAGUUUUGAAUAUCCUCUACCUAUUUAGGCUGGUUCUCUGUGGGUAUUCCUUUGAAAAAAUGGCUGGGGGAAGUGAAUAGUCAGUUGCUACAAUUAAAAUGGGAACAGAUUAGAAGCCAAGGAUGAGAGAGAAUGUAGUGUUGGAUAUGAACUGUGCCAUCAGUAUUCUUAUUUUGACUGUCGAGUCCCCAGUUGCCACCUGUGUAUACUUAGGCUGCCUCUGGAAGCAGCUUUCAGGAAGGAUAUAAUAGUACAUCAGAACUAUCAGAGGAAGAUUGUGGUACUUUGGAAUGGCUGCAGCUUUGCAGUAUCUGCUUCAUUUUUGGGCUGACAGAACUACACACAGGAGUCCACUGACUGAAAUAUAUAUUCUUGCAAGUUACACUGGCAUACCCCGUCACCCAGCAAUUCAGGUGACAAUCAGCAGCUGCUUUCUAAUGUAUACGUACACAGUACAGCUGAAUUUGAAGGUGUUUUGUAGGUUACUUUGGAUGCAAUGCCUGCUAAAAUGUCCCAUGUUUUAUUGUCCUUUUUGGUUUUCCCUGCAAGAAAGAGGCUAUAGCUUCAGUACCAGACUCUGAUAUGCUUUGCACUGAGUAGCAAAUAUUUCCAUUGACUAGUGGAGCAAGACGAUACUCCUUGUUUAUAAAAUGGUCAUAAUUUGCUCCGAGGUAACUGGUCUCUAGCUCACCAUUGUUUGGAUAGCCACAGUCUGCCAGGAACAUCAUCCGUGAAAGCCCCUUUGAACUGAAUACAAGUUGCACAAGAGCAUGGUCAUGGUCUGCCACAGCUUCUAUGUAGUUCAAAAGAGCAAGCAUAGGAGAUGUUCCCAGUGGACUGCAUACUUCAUCCUUGACAAUUUGUAAUGUUCAUACUGUACUGUAUUGAGAUUCUGCAUCACACUAAUAAAGUUUUUAGAAUGGA